CAUAGUACCACCACAGCACUUAGCGUCAUAAACGCCCAGAUAAAACAUCAAAACUUAGGAAAAUUAAACAAGGGGUUCCACAGGGCGGUGUCCUCUCCCCGUUACUGUUUAAUUUCUAUAUUUCCAAACUUCCUCAACCACCAGAGGGAAUUUCCGUUACCUCCUACGCAGAUGAUUGUACGAUAAUGACGUCGGGCACUGGCAUCGAUGACAUGUGUUCGAAAGUGAACAGCUACCUCCCCGAACUUUCUCGCUUCUUCUCUGCGAGGAGUCUGGCACUCACACGCACUAAAUCCACGGCGACCCUUUUUACCAACUGGACGAAGGAGUACAGACUAAGUCUUAACAUUCAUGUCGAUGGCAUACCAAUUGCGACAGUAAAUAACCCCAAAAUUUUGGGAGUUACAUUUGACAGUCUGCACUCCUUCACUCCACACACGACUGCGAUAGUCACUAAAGUACAGAGUCGCAACAAAAUCCUCAAGUCGCUAGCCGGUAGCACUUGGGGAAAAGACAAAGAAACGUUGCUGGCCACUUACAAGGCUAUCGGCCGGCCGGUCGUAAAUUACGCACCACCGGUAUGGUCACCUGGAUGCAGUGACACGCAGCAGAAGAAGCUACAGACGUGCCAGAACACUGCAUUCCGAACAGCAACAGGAUGUCUCUUGAUGUCACCAAUGAUACACCUUCAUAGUGAGGCCAUUAUGCUGCCUAUUAAGGAGCAUAAUGAACUGCUUACCAAGCAGUUUCUACUUGGGUGUUUUCGUAGAAAUCACCUUUGUAGUCACUUGCUGGAAGCAGAACCGCCCCCUAGGUACAUCAAGAGAUCGCUCCUACAAUACGUCGACGAACUAAACCCCUAUACCGACCAAACUGCGGACGCAAACAGUUUUAGACACGCUCUAAACGCCAUUCACAGUGGAGCUAUCAACACCUUCAUUGACUCCCUUCCGGUGAAUGGCGUCCUUGGAACCAAACCACCACCUAUAGCAGACGAAGAGCUCGAGUUGCCACGUGAAACCGGAGUGACCCUUGCGCAGCUUCGAUCUGGAUAUUGUAGCAGGUUAAACUCCUACUUAUCCAGACUGAACCCCGACAUACAAAAUACAUGUCCCGCAUGCAACGAGUCCCCGCAUGACUCUAACCACCUCUUUGUAUGCCCAAUGAACCCUACUCAUCUAACACCCCUUUCCCUUUGGUCCAACCCUGUCGAAACAGCACGUUUCCUGGGCCUCCCGUUAGAUGAUUUCGACGACAACUAGACUUAAGCUCUUCUUUUUAGGCAGGGAUAGAUAACCGUUACUACAACAACUACAACAACAACAAACUUUAUAAAAAUUCAAAUUUUACUUUAUAUUUUAUAGAAACCCUCCUCCCAGAUGAAUCUAGUACUAGUGAAAUUAAUGAAAGAACAGAUCUUAUAAAAACUCCUAAAGAACCCAAAAUAGUCCUCACAUAAUAUGCGCAGCUUACACUUCCAGGCCGCUCGGGGUAUGUGAUAUUUGCCACUCUUCCUCCAGCCUUUGUCAGAUAGCAAAAAUUGUUCAAAUAUUCAAUACGUUUACAUAUGUAUGUAUAUAGUGUAGUACGAUAAUACAUUUAUAAAGUAAAUAUAAUAAUAAACACCUAAAUACCAUGAUAUUUUAAAUAAAUAUGAAAUAUAAUUAAUGAUUUUGUUAUUAAAUUCUCAUUUGGGAUUUUGGUAGAAUGAAUGUGGUAGAUAUGUAAAAAUUUGUUCGCUAGCUUUGAGGUCCUCAUGUUCAAUAUCUGGGGCCUUAAAAAGUUAUAGUCCUAUUUCAUAAAUUUUUAUAAGGGCUAUGCCACACUAGAAAUGCAGUACUUAACUUAUAUAUUGUAAUUGAGAUAUGGUGAAAGUAUUCCAAAUUGGCUAAAAUUGAUCAAGUAGCUUCUGAGAUUUUGAUUUUAACCUAUAAGUGCGCGUAGUCACACCCAUAUCUAAUUUUGUAUUCAUUUGUGUAACACUUCUCUGCUAUCUUUACCACGAAAUUUAAUGUUUUUGGUGGUUCCUUACUGAUUUAAAGCUCUCUUUGUAUGUGUAGUCGUAGCUUGUGAGAUAUUUACAAAAACGCCCUCUCCCACAAAAAUUUCAUCCAAAUAUGCCUCUCCCAAGUGUGAUCCUCAGUACCGCAUUUUGGUUCCAUAACUUUAUUCAUGGUUGAGUUACAGUACUUUAGCACUCUCAGACCAGAACUAAAAUGGGCGGAGCUAACAUUUUUUAGUAUAGCUAUAUUAGAUAUAUUAUUAUCUUAACUCAAAUAUGAAGUGAUUAAAAUUUAAAAUUUGUAUCCUGGCACAGGAUAUAACAAGAUAUAUAGGAUAAGGCAAUGAAGAGGUUAAUGGUCCGAUAUUGCAAAUCUACAAUACCUUUGAAUGAUGCCAAGAAACACGUGACCCAAGAUGUCUCAGAUGAUUUGUGGGCAUGGUUAUUAUUUCAUCUAUUUUGAUGGGUUUUUUUAUAUAUCUAUUUUGAUGGGUUUUUUUAUAUAUUUUAUAUUUUUUUUUUUUAUGGAUCUCGUGUUUAGAUGUUUUGCCGGGUAUAUCGGACUCAAAUAUAAACUUAAGGUGACGUGGUAAUGGUACUACCGACUAAAACCUCCGCUAUCCUCUGACUUUGAUCCCCCACGGUAUCCGCCGUUGGGCAUUACUUCGUGGGGGUAAAUCCUACUGCUCUUCCUUCUGAUAGCUACGAUGUUAUUACUUCUUUCAUCUAGUUGAUGUCAUUUUCUCUUUUUCUUUCGAUGGAACGCAAGUCUAUGAGGACUUCUGUUGCAAAUGUGCUGAUAGCGUACCAAGAGGCUCUUGAUGACAAUAUUAUUUCUAUAACUGUCUCUAGUUGGAUACUCUGAUGUAAGCUAUUCUCGAGUGGAUCACGCUGUGGAUUAAAUCGUGGGCACUCAAAGAAAACAUCCUCCGCAUCCUCAAUUAUUUCUGGGCAGGACGGGCACUCCGGGGAAUUAUCGUGCUUAAAACGGUAAAGGUAAGCCCGGAAACAACCAUGUCCUGAUAACAUCUGCGUGAGAUAAUAGUUGACUUCUCAGUGACUACGGUUCAGCCACACAUCAAUCCGUGGUAUGAGACGAUGGGUCCACCUACCCUUCUCUGCAGCAUCCCAUUGAAGAUGCCAACGUGCGAUGCUCUUCCGUCGUUCUUCUCCCCUCCGUUCCUCAGCGCUCAGUGUGGUUGACUUCUUUCGAUGGUAAAGAUUCCGUCUUUCCUCAGCUAGCGGGUCGGCUUUAGUAUACCGUCCCACGAUUUCGGGGUUAAAAUGGAUAUGGGCGGAUAGAGGAGGAUCUCCAGAUUACGAAUAUUUAUAAUUAUUGCCGCCGCAAACUUAUAGUUUCUGAGAUAUUUGCAAUUUAAGAUUUAAAAGUAAUAAUUUUUAACUCGUUAUUUCUCACUGUAUAUUGAAUUUUCCACAUAUAUUUUGCACUUUAAAUAUAUUUACAC